ACUCGGAAUUGGAAGGUUGUUCGGUGUUUCGCGCAUCCAAUGGUGGGGCUCUCUUUCUCUUUCUGGCAUGUGAGCUAUCACCGCGAAAUCCGUUUUAAUUAUAAUUCAGUUAUUGUACUGAAUGCAGAUCUAUUUCUAGAUACAAAUACCCCUCAAUAAGCGAUAACAGCGAAACAAGGCAAAUUUGGUUGUAUUCUGUGGUAUUCUUGGAAUGAAACGAUGAUAAUUAAACAGCUAGAAGAGAUAUUUUCCGAAAAUACAGACAAUGAUUCUUCUUACGAAUAGUUGUUUUGAGAAGUGAAACAAUUUUUUUUACCAACAUUUUGACAAUUAACUAACCAUAAUUAGCAACGACCCAUCCUGUUAGAGUAUUUCAAACCUUCCGAACAUUUAGAAACAUUUUUUUUUUCAAAAGAGAAAUGAUGCAAUGCCGGUUACAAUGCAGAUAUAAAAUUUUUCAAACGUUUUAUGAUUCAGUCUGUCAAAUGGGUCGUUGCACCUAUUACUCUCCAAUCCCCGCGUGACAAGUUACAAGGAAUCGAUUAGCGGCUAAUUAAUAGGGUUGCGGCUGUUUCAACGCCGACACCCAGGAGAACGAGAAAGGAGAAAGCUUAAUUACUGACUUUAAUGAACUUUUAUUGAUCUCCGAUGAAAAUGAGUGAAUUAUACGUAAAAUAUGAAUUGCAAAUUUAUUCAUAAAGCCCCUUAAAAAUAUCAAUUAUCCCUUUAUAACGUUUGAAGACCUUUAAACCGCUCCUAAAACAAAUUAGUAUUGUUUUCUUGAACCAAAUCAAGGCUGAGUGUCUGAAUUGCUUGGAUUGAGUAAAAAUUCAAAUAAAAUGUAAGGGACGAAGGUGCUGAGGCUUGAAAGCUUCGCCCCUGAGCGUUGCGCUGGCGUGGAUCGAUGGUACUCUCGAAGGGGUGAGCCAUCGGUUCAUCUAGUGAGUCGCGUAUGGCAUCGAGUCACCGAAAAAAUAGCAAAAAAUUAAGGAAAUAUCAGCGAGGGAAUGCGCGGCAAUUCGCGCCGAAUUCUGUAUCUGCUCUUCCUAGCGAUAUUUCUCCUCCUGAGCACGAGAUUGUUGACAAGCAGAAGUCACCUGGUACCACCUGACACCGAUUCGGGGGUCAUUACGCAUAAGAGAGGUGAGAAUGCUCGGAUAGCGCCUGCGUAUGCACCUGGGGUUUACAUGGCGGGUCGACGGCCCGCGAAUUCAACUUUCUGCGGUUGGAACUAUGGACUGCCGAGAAAGCUCAGCUUUCCGGCAAAUACAGUUACUCGGAGUCCUCAGGAUGACGGCCGUGGAGCCUAUCGCGUACUUCCGUUUGUCAUUCGUGGAGGAAUCAGUGUGAGGGAUGAAAAAAUCGUGCAAUUUACCCUUUGCACUCAUGCCACAGCUGAUCAAGUGUACAAUAUCGUAGAACUUGUCAGGCGGUGGGAAGGUCACGUCAGUCUCGCCAUUUUUGCUCCUGGGCUCGAUGCUGGACUCGCUGUUGAUUUGAUAGAACGCGCGUGUCUGUGUGAACCCGCAAUGUUCAAGGUAUCCGUCCACCUGAUAUUCCCAGCAGGUCGUCCUCCCGCCUUGUCUCAUAUCUACCAUCCAGAAGGUGAUUGCGCAGCAUCGGACCUCCAGUGGAGAGCAUCCGAUACCGAGAGAAAACAACGAGGAAUGAUAUAUCCCAUAAACGUAGCCCGCAACGUCGCCAGAAGUCUGGCUCCAACGUCACGUGUACUAGUGUCAGACAUUGAAUUACUUCCGAGCGAUAAAUUAGCCUCUGGCUUCCUACAUAUGAUCCAUGGCAGACCCCCUCAAUCCGCCCUGAUCUUCGUCGUUCCUGUCUUCGAGAUUGAGGAGAACGAGCGUCCACCAAAGACCAAACGAGAACUGAUGACCGCUGUACGGAGCGGUGUCGCCAUUUAUUUUCAUAAAUACGUCUGCGCCCAUUGUCAAAAAUUCCCAGGUAUCACCAAAUGGAUGCUGCGACCGGAUCCCGGAAGAGUGAAACCUUUGGUUGUGACUAAAAGGGAGUACCCACACCAUAGAUGGGAGCCUAUAUUCAUUGGGAGUCAGGAGGAUCCACUUUACAAUGAGGACAUGUCUUGGGAGGGACGCCAGGAUAAAAUGGUUCAGAUGUUGGAAAUGUGCCUGAUGAAUUAUCGUUUAGUAAUCCUGGACGGUGCAUUUAUGAUCCACACCCCAGGGAUAAAACGUAAACCAUCAAAACUACUGAACAAAGAAACAUCUCGAACCUUUGAACGUACUCAGGAAAAACGCAAUGCCCUAAUAUACCAGAGCAAAACCAAUGGAUUGCUCAAACAGUACCCUGCUAACCAAAGAUGCAGACAAUAGAGGAACGUUCCUACCUACUAAGUCCAAAACAGCAGAUAAUAAAGAGAAUCAACGAACAGUGGCUAUUUUAUCAAUACGUUCACGCGAAUACACGUCUUGAAUUAUGCCUUUAUUGUGAUUAAGCACAGAGACUAUUGUCUCGUUAAGAUAAAAAGAAAAAAAUAUAUUGUACAGAGCAUCAG